AUGGGAAAACAAAAAGACGUUUUAAAGAAACUGGCAGGGACCUUUCAGAUCCGACAUGUGCUCCUCCGCGAGGCCCUGGCAGAAUGCCUGGGAACCCUUAUUCUGGUGAUGUUUGGCUGCGGUGCUGUGGCACAGUGGGUGCUCAGCGGAGGCUCCCAUGGUACCUUCCUCACUGUCAACUUGGCUUUUGGAUUUGCUGCCACAUUGGGUAUCCUUGUGUGUGGACAGGUGUCAGGUGGCCAUCUGAACCCAGCGGUGACCUUCACAUUAUGUUUACUUGGGAAAGAGCCUUGGAAGAAGUUCCCGUUGUUCUUUUUCUUCCAGACUCUUGGAGCCUUCUUGGGUGCAGCUAUCGUAUUUGGCAUGUAUUUUGAUGCCUUACAGGACUUUAGCCAGGGGGAGCUGGUUGUGGUGGGGAAGAAUGCCACAGCUGGGAUUUUUGCCACAUAUCCAUCCAAACAUCUCACCUUGGUAAAUGGAUUCUUUGAUCAGAUUAUUGGAACAGCUGCAUUGAUCGUGUGCAUCGUGGCCAUCGUUGAUCCACAUAACAAUCCAGUCCCUCGGGGUCUGGAGGCCUUCACAGUAGGUUUUGUGGUGUUGGUUAUCGGCCUAUCAAUGGGCUUCAACUCUGGCUAUGCUGUCAACCCAGCCAGGGACCUGGGACCACGCAUCUUCACAGCUCUUGCAGGCUGGGGUGACGAGGUAUUCACAGCAAACACCUACUGGUUCCUUGUGCCUCUCUGUGCCCCCUUCUUGGGUGCAGUGGUGGGUUUGAUGGUGUACCAGCUCACGAUUGGAUACCAUUUAGAGGAAGAAGCACAAGUGAAGCAGAAGAAGGGAGAGGACGAAAGGUUCAAACUUUCCACAAACAAUGAAGAGGCGUGAACUCCUUUGAUGUUGCAGUAUUGCCUAUCAUCAUCUUUUAUUGAUUAGGAAAACCAUUCCAGUUCUCUCAUAUUACCUUCACUAACCACAUUUCAUCAAUCAAGGAUCAUGCAGGUAUCCACUCAUGUGUCAUUUCAUAAUAGAUAGGAAUAGUUUCUCUGCAAUGCAUGUCAUGUGUUCUUGAAUUCAUUUUUAUUUAACUGCAGUACGCUUUUUCAUUUCUGCUUCAAGCACAAAACUAUUUCCUUCAUGCUGCGUGUCUGACAAAAUCAGCUCACAGGAAAAAGCUAAACAAAAAGACAGUUUAAGUUGAAGAGGUAUUUGAAAGGUGCCUUGUUUAUUUCAGUCUAAGAUGGAAGAAACCUUCAAAUCACUGUCAAAUCAAAAAGCAUUCACUCUCACUCUUUUUCUGCUACAAUUUCCUUCAUUUAUAAGAACUGUGCAGAAUGCUACCUCGGUAUGGUUCAUGAGCAGGAGGAACACUUUC